GUGACAUUACACAAAAGGGAUAUGAAAAGAAGAGGUCAAAAUUAAUUGGAGCCACCUUCCCCAGCCUCCAAACUGCAGCCCGGGAAGGCGUGCCGAGGGAGACCGUUCCGCUCCACCCACAUCGGGGUGUGCGACAUCCGAGAAGCAGCAGCCAGGAGAGGGCGGCCAGUGCAGCAGGGAAUCGGCCUCUGUUUUACUUUCGUUUCGGAGUGGACCAAGCUUUGCCCCAAGAGCGACGGGCACCUGUCACCCCUUCCUCAGCCUCUCGAUACCACCGUCGAAGAUCCUCAGGCUCUCGAGAUGAACGUUAUAGGUCAGAUGUUCAUACAGAAGCUGUCCAGGCAGCUCUUGCUAAACACAAAGAAAGGAAGAUGGCAGUGCCAAUGCCUUCCAAACGAAGAUCCCUGGUUGUACAGACUUCCAUGGAUGCCUAUACACCCCCAGAUACCUCGUCCGGUUCAGAAGAUGAAGGCUCAGUGCAGGGUGAUUCCCAGGGAACCCCAACCUCUAGCCAGGGCAGCAUCAACAUGGAGCAUUGGAUUAGCCAGGCCAUCCAUGGCUCUACUACAUCAACCACCUCCUCUUCCUCCACUCAGAGUGGGGGCAGUGGGGCAGCACACCGGCUGGCAGACGUCAUGGCCCAGACACACAUAGAAAAUCAUUCUGCACCUCCUGAUGUAACCACAUACACCUCAGAACACUCAAUACAAGUAGAAAGGCCACAGGGCUCUACCACAUCCCGGACAGCACCAAAGUAUGGCAAUGCUGAGCUCAUGGAGACUGGGGAUGGUGUACCAGUAAGUAGCAGGGUAUCUGCAAAAAUUCAGCAGCUUGUCAAUACCCUUAAACGACCGAAGCGACCCCCAUUACGGGAAUUCUUUGUUGAUGACUUUGAGGAAUUGUUAGAAGUUCAACAACCAGAUCCAAAUCAGCCAAAGCCAGAAGGUGCCCAGAUGCUGGCUACAAGAGGGGAGCAGUUGGGAGUGGUCACGAACUGGCCACCCUCUUUAGAAGCAGCACUACAGCGAUGGGGAACCAUCUCACCAAAGGCCCCCUGCCUGACUACCAUGGACACAAAUGGAAAACCCUUGUAUAUCCUCACUUAUGGUAAACUGUGGACAAGAAGUAUGAAGGUUGCUUACAACAUUCUACAUAAAUUAGGUACAAAACAAGAACCUAUGGUACGGCCUGGAGACAGGGUGGCACUAGUGUUUCCUAACAAUGACCCUGCUGCUUUCAUGGUGGCCUUCUAUGGUUGCCUUUUGGCUGAAGUUGUCCCUGUCCCCAUUGAAGUGCCACUCACAAGAAAGGAUGCAGGGAGCCAACAGAUAGGUUUCUUGCUUGGAAGCUGUGGAGUAACUGUUGCCUUGACUAGCGAUGCUUGUCACAAAGGACUUCCAAAAAGCCCAACAGGAGAGAUCCCACAGUUCAAAGGUUGGCCAAAGCUGCUAUGGUUUGUCACAGAAUCAAAACACCUCUCUAAACCUCCUAGGGACUGGUUUCCACACAUCAAAGAUGCAAAUAAUGACACAGCUUAUAUUGAGUAUAAGACAUGUAAAGACGGAAGUGUUCUUGGGGUGACCGUGACGAGGAUAGCACUGCUGACACAUUGCCAGGCACUCACACAAGCCUGCGGCUAUACAGAAGCUGAAACCAUUGUGAAUGUUCUAGACUUCAAAAAGGAUGUGGGGCUAUGGCAUGGCAUAUUGACAAGUGUCAUGAACAUGAUGCACGUCAUCAGCAUCCCAUACUCACUGAUGAAGGUAAACCCCCUCUCCUGGAUCCAGAAAGUCUGCCAAUACAAAGCAAAAGUGGCUUGUGUGAAAUCAAGAGACAUGCACUGGGCACUUGUAGCACAUAGAGAUCAGAGAGAUGUCAACCUAUCCUCUCUUCGAAUGUUAAUAGUGGCUGAUGGAGCAAAUCCCUGGUCUAUUUCUUCUUGUGAUGCAUUUCUCAAUGUCUUCCAGAGUAAAGGCCUUCGACAGGAGGUCAUCUGUCCCUGUGCUAGCUCACCAGAGGCCCUAACUGUGGCAAUCCGGAGGCCCACAGAUGACAGCAACCAGCCACCAGGGCGGGGUGUGCUAUCCAUGCAUGGGCUGACCUAUGGUGUGAUCCGAGUGGAUUCAGAGGAGAAGCUGUCGGUGCUCACAGUGCAGGAUGUUGGCCUUGUCAUGCCUGGAGCUAUCAUGUGUUCAGUGAAGCCAGAUGGGAUUCCUCAGUUGUGCAGGACAGAUGAAAUUGGGGAGCUCUGUGUUUGUGCAGUGGCCACAGGAACAUCAUAUUAUGGUCUUUCUGGCAUGACCAAAAACACCUUUGAGGUAUUUCCCAUGACGAGCUCUGGUGCUCCGAUCAGUGAAUACCCAUUCAUAAGGACAGGUUUGCUUGGAUUUGUUGGUCCUGGAGGCCUUGUCUUUGUAGUGGGUAAGAUGGAUGGUCUGAUGGUAGUCAGUGGACGAAGACACAAUGCUGAUGACAUCGUAGCCACAGCCUUGGCUGUAGAGCCCAUGAAGUUUGUCUACAGAGGAAGGAUAGCUGUGUUCUCUGUGACUGUCCUUCAUGAUGAAAGGAUAGUGAUUGUGGCCGAGCAGAGGCCAGACUCCACAGAGGAAGACAGUUUUCAGUGGAUGAGCAGAGUACUCCAGGCAAUUGACAGUAUACAUCAAGUUGGAGUUUAUUGCCUAGCCUUGGUACCAGCAAAUACUCUUCCCAAAACACCACUUGGUGGCAUCCAUCUGUCAGAAACAAAGCAGCUUUUCCUGGAGGGUUCCCUCCACCCCUGCAAUGUCCUGAUGUGUCCACACACCUGUGUCACAAAUUUACCUAAACCACGUCAGAAGCAGCCAGAAAUUGGCCCUGCCUCUGUGAUGGUGGGAAACCUGGUGUCUGGGAAGAGGAUUGCCCAGGCUAGUGGCAGAGACCUGGGUCAGAUAGAGGACAAUGACCAGGCCCGGAAGUUCCUGUUCCUCUCAGAGGUCUUACAGUGGAGAGCGCAGACCACCCCAGACCACCUACUGUACACACUGCUCAAUUGUCGGGGAACAAUUGCAAACUCAUUGACAUGUGUUCAGCUUCACAAACGUGCAGAGAAGAUAGCAGUUAUGCUGAUGGAAAAGGGCCACCUGCAAGAUGGAGACCAUGUGGCAUUAGUCUACCCUCCAGGAAUAGACCUGAUUGCUGCAUUCUAUGGUUGCCUGUAUGCAGGCUGUGUGCCAAUCACCGUGCGGCCGCCACAUCCACAGAACAUUGCAACAACAUUGCCUACAGUCAAGAUGAUUGUAGAGGUGAGUCGCUCUGCUUGUCUCAUGACAACACAACUGAUCUGUAAACUGCUAAGGUCCAGGGAGGCGGCAGCUGUAGAUGUCAGGACAUGGCCUCUCAUACUGGACACAGAUGAUUUGCCAAAGAAGCGGCCUACCCAGAUCUACAAACCUUCCAACCCAGACACGCUGGCUUACCUUGACUUUAGUGUGUCCACAACCGGGAUGCUAGCUGGUGUAAAGAUGUCUCAUGCAGCCACCAGUGCCUUUUGCCGCUCUAUUGGCUGCAAUGUGAGCUUUCACCCUUCUAGAGAAGUGGCCAUCUGCUUGGACCCUUACUGUGGGCUUGGGUUUGUCCUCUGGUGUCUCUGCAG